UGUCAAAGUAGCCACGUAAUACUGUCAGUGUUUUGACAUGGAAAGUGAUUAUAGGUAGCUGACUAACUACCUUAAUUAGCUAGCAGCCAAGACGCAUUAAUGAUGCAGUCAUGUCUUCUGAGAGGCUGGUUGACAACCUAGCCGCAAACGAUAAUUGUGAUAGACAGAGUGUUAUGUCAAAAUGGGAAGAAGCUACUUAGUAGAUGAUUUGGUUGAGAAAUACCUCAUCAAUCUUCAGACUGUGGAUCUGCCCUUCGUCACUGGGCUCUUGAUUGGGCAGAUUGCGGUGCAGAAGGACUAUGUGGUGCUGGCAGCACAGACCCCACAGCGGGAGAAAGAUUCUCAGGGCGCUGUGUCCAAUGGCAGUGCAGCUGCUAGCUCACUCGAUGGCAUUGACAUCCAGUGGGUCUCGGAGCACGCCAAACAGGUUUCCCAGAUGUUACCUGGAGGUUUGUUAGUUCUUGGUGUGUUUCUUAUUCACCCACCGGAACUGUCAAAAGAGGCCCAGAACAUGCUAAGACGGUUGCUUUUUGCUGUGGAAAAGCAUGUAUCGAAAGGAAGACUAUGGAAAGUCACAGAGGAAGAUGUAUCCGAGAGAGUCAUGCUCCAAAUCUGCUCAAAAACUAGGAAAGCCAUUUGUCGGACAUUUGAUGUGUUGGACCCAAAGAGCUCAGCCAAGCCUGCAGAUUGGAAAUACCAGUCUGGAGUGUCUGGCUCUUGGCAGGCCUUGCAGUGCUGUGUUGAGCUUGACCUGGAGUUCCCCGUCUCAGAUACAUCAUCCGCAAAUAUGGACAGGUGCACGAAGGAAGGGCUUCAGAAGUGGGCCAAACAGAUCGAGACCAGUCUCUGCCUUAUCAACGGCAAGCGUCUGGCUGAUAACUUUGACGUGACCGCAGGACUGAAAAAGAAUGCCAAAGCCAACCAGCCGACGCUCCAGGCUCAGAUCCUCAUCCCAGCCGCGGGGCUGGGGGCGGAGCAGAGGUCCACGGCGUCGGUGCAGGCCUGCAGCGGGGUCCUGGCCCUGAAGGGAGUGGUGCACUGCCGGGCCUACGUCCACACCAGCAAACCCCGGGCCUGGCAGGCCGUGGAGGCCAUCAAAAGAGACGUCAUGAACACGGUUUCAUGCAGAACUGAGAUGCUGUUUGAAGACCUCCGGAUGAACGAAGGAGCCGUUGGCAGCCGGCAGCCCCUGCCACUGCGGGUGUUUGCCCCGGUGCCGAGCACGGUGAUCUGCGUGUGCGACUACAUGUUCCCCGACGAGAGCACGGCAGACGUGAGCGAGCGCUUCAAGGAGAUGCUGGACUGUGACAUCCCAGAGGAUUCCAUAGACACUUCCCAAGAAGCUGCGAUUGAAAAGCAACCAAACAUUAAUUCAGAGGAAUGCAUGGAUAGUGUAACACCAGAGGUUCCAGUUGAAUCUACCAAAAGACAGAAACCCCUUCGGCCUUACAUUGGUGCGGCGGUGGCUGCUGGAGUUGCCCUCCUCGCCGCGGCUCUGUCUCUGCUCUACCUCGGCGACUGAGCGAAGGAAGAAAACAUUUCUGUGAAAAACGAAAAGCCGAGGACGCACGAAGAGGAACGCCGAAACCCAAAAAUAAAGUUCCUGUUUCAAGUCGAGCCAAUUCAACUCAGUUUCCGCCAGUGUUUUUUAAUCUCGUGCAGAUGUAGUUUUGACCCCGUUAGUAGCUGGCUUGGGGGCGGGGAGGGAAACCCACGCUGGUGCUCCUGGAAGUUUCUGGAACCCCCGCAGGGAUGCCAGAACAUUAUUCCAGGAACAUCUUUGCCUGCCGUGCAUGCCAACAGUAAACUUCUCAGCCCUUUCUCACUGAAUUCACCUCAUGUUCACUCUGGUCAAGUGCUGCAGUGAUGGGUUAGAUCAUCAUUAGAUUAGGUACGUUUCUGUGGCUGUUGUACGUCAUUGCAAACACUAAAAUAUCCCACAUAAAUUUAAGAGGGGAAAAAAGGGGUUCUGGAGAGGACAUUUAAUUAUAAAGGAAAUGUAAUUCAAUGUUCUGUUGUUAUAGAAAGAAUUCAUUCAGUGAUGAAUUCAUUCUGAUCGUGUGUUAACAGAGCAGUAUUAAAUAAAAUGAUUUUUUCAAUGAA